UCUCUCUGCAGAGCAGCCGGCGCACUUGUCCGCUACAGUUCCUCGACUCUCACACUCUUCCUCCUGCCUCUGACAGGAAGAUGUUACCGCGCACAGAGUGUCCUGCACGCGAACCGAAGGCGUCACUCACCGACUCGCUGCGGGACUUUUAAACUCAAUCAUGCCGUGUUACGCCAGGUUUCUGUUUUUACUUCUGUGUUUGAUCCUGCUCGGGGAGUGCAGGAAACCCAAAAGUAGGAAAAAGCGGUGGUCCGCGCCGGCGGAGAAUCACAAGCCAGGCACUCCUCUGUCAAAGAAGGUUGCAGAUGGAACCAAAGCCCGAAAGAUGAAGACCAGCCACCUUCUGCGCAUAGACGAGCAUGACUUUACCAUGAGGCCCGCCUUCGCAGGUCCAGCUGUCCCUGUUGGAGUGGAUGUGCAGGUGGAGAGCUUGGACAGCAUAUCAGAGGUGGACAUGGACUUCACCAUGACCCUGUAUCUAAGGCACUACUGGAAGGAUGAGAGGCUUGCCUUCCCAAGCUCCACCAACAAGAGCAUGACAUUUGACGGGCGCCUGGUGAAGAAAAUCUGGGUGCCUGAUGUGUUCUUCGUCCACUCCAAGAGGUCUUUCAUCCAUGACACCACCACUGACAACAUCAUGCUGCGGGUGUUUCCGGACGGUCAUGUCCUGUACAGCCUGAGGGUUACAGUAACUGCUGCAUGCAACAUGGAUUUCAGUCGUUUUCCUUUGGACUCGCAGACAUGCACGCUGGAGCUGGAGAGCUAUGCUUACACAGACGAAGACCUGAUGCUGUAUUGGAAGAGCGGUGAUGAGUCCCUGAGCACUGAUGACAGGAUUUCUCUGUCUCAGUUCCUCAUCCAGAAGUUUCACACUACUUCCAGACUGGCUUUCUACAGCAGCACAGGCUGGUACAACCGUCUGUACAUCAACUUCACUCUGCGGCGUCACAUCUUCUUUUUCCUGCUGCAGACCUACUUCCCAGCCACUCUGAUGGUCAUGCUGUCCUGGGUGUCCUUCUGGAUCGACCGCAGGGCCGUCCCUGCCAGAGUCUCAUUAGGUAUAACCACAGUGCUCACCAUGUCUACCAUCAUCACUGGAGUCAACGCCUCCAUGCCCAGGGUCUCCUACAUCAAAGCUGUGGAUAUUUACCUGUGGGUCAGUUUUGUCUUUGUCUUCCUGUCUGUGCUUGAAUAUGCUGCUGUCAACUACCUGACGACAGUGAGGGACGGUAAAGACCGCAAGCUCAGAGAAAAAGCCAGAGAACAGUCCCAGACACUCCCCUGCACCUGUGGCAUGUCCCACGCCAGGACCAUGAUGCUAGACGGGACAUACAGCGAGGCGGAUGCCAACAGCCUGGCGGGGUACACAAGGGCCUCCAUGGCACCUGAGGAUGCUUCGGAAAAACAGGAACGAAUGGUAGUGCAUCUCUCCCUGGACACCGAGCCCACGGGGACCAAGAAGAAGGGCAUCCGCGGCUUCCGGAUUAUCCAGAACACUCACGCCAUCGACACCUAUUCUCGCAUGAUAUUCCCUGGCGCCUACAUCCUGUUUAACCUGAUCUACUGGUGUGUGUACUGCUGAUUGUGUGCAUUCUAGCCUAAACUGUAGCAGUGUAUGAAACAACUGCGGAAUCUUUUAGUUGUCCUUAGAAGAGGGAUACAGUUGUUUCCCUUAUGCAUGUUCAGGUGGAGCAACAAGUUUGGCAGGAUGGUUGAAGAAUAUCAGAGGCUGCUGGGUGCGAAUAUCUCCAACUCUGGCUCACAUGUCACCGCUGGACUGAACCACUUAUACAGCUUCUCCUCCUUUACGUAAUUAUAUCACAAGCUCAUAUUUACCCACAUCAUACUCCAACAACUUGGUGGGGCUGGUUGUACAAAAAUAAAAACAGACUAAUUAACUCUCCAGCCCUGCCUACUAUAAAUAUGGCCACCCAAAAACAGACAUAACUGCUUACAAGACAUCAUGAUGUUUUAAAGCUUUUGUAGCCAAGAUUUUGUUUGUUUGCAAUUUAUUUCAACAGAAUUUUUGUCCUAACAUAAGCAUUAAUAUUUUCCUAUAUUUCCAUUUAAACAUGUUUCUCUGCUACACUCAUCACUGAAGCUUUAGUCGUUUUUUAAAAUUGUAAAAAAAUAUGCUGAUGUAAUCCGCCAUUUUUCAGGCCCACUUAUUUUCAUAAUUGUAUCUAAGUAGCUAGCAUAUAGGAAGAUGGUGCCCCUAUUCUUAAUCCCGCCUACUAAACUCAGAUUGAGCAAUUGCUUUUCCAGCCAGGGAAAAUAACUGUCAAUGAGCACAACACCAGAUCUAUUUGAUUGGCGAAUAGAAUUGGAGAAGUGAGUGAUCUGAAACUAGGCUACAGAGGAUCUUCACAGCAAGCUGAAAAACACAAACCAUGGACAUCUUGUUACCUUAGAAAGUUGGUUUUGACUAAUGUGUUACCAGUUGUGCGUUUACACAUCCAGCAGACACAGAGCAAUAUUAGUUUUUGGCAACACAACUUAUGUUGUGUGGUUGUUGUAUGUUGUAUGUCUCCAUCAACUUCUGAGAAAAAUAUGUUUAAUGAAGUGCCAUAUGUCAAUGUCAUGAAUAUAUUGAUUGGCAGAGUUUUUAGAUAGUCGUGAAAGCUUUGCACAACUGAAGAACUUACUGUCUAUGUCUAACUGAAGUUGGACUGUUCCUAUCUAAAACAUAAUCAAAUGUUUGUGCUACCAGCCCCUGCCUGUACUUCCCUAAAUACCACUCUCUUCUCUGAAGCUCUCUAUCUAAAUGAUCAAACUGAUAAAAAAAAAUAACAAGAGUAGAUCAUUCGGCUGCUUUUGCCUCUGCAAACUUUGGAUCUGACUGAGUCGCAUAGCUAAAUGUGUCCAGAGCAGACGGUUUAUGAGGCAGUAACUGAGCUAAAAACCAGACCUUCUUCCCUUAACGUUCCUAGUACAGUGACAACAUUUCAGUUAAAGUAA